GAGAUGAACUGCGGUGGGCGGGAGCGCGCAGGAGUCACACGAUAAAAAGGCUUUGCUCUUGAGAAAAAAACUCUUGAUUCUUUCCGCAGCCUUCCGUCCUCCAUCGUGCGGUAUGAAGCGUCUACCUGGAUACUUACCAUCAUUACGCAAAUUUAGGUGACUUUCUUUCCCUCCCGAUUUGGAUUCUACUUUAUGAUGAUUUUGGAUAUGUACCUUUGGGAUGAAGAGAACCCUUUCCCUGCCCGCCGAAGUAAGAUAAAAUAGGGUUUCGCUGCCACUGGAGUUACUCCUCUCGUUCCAUAUGAAGAAGUCAAACAUUUGGAUAUGCACCUGUGUCCAUUUCUUGCUGUACAUGACAGUUGCUGCCUAUUCCAGUGAAAUAGGAAAUCCCAUUACAGAUGACAUCAAGAAAAUUUCUUUCCUGAAACAGAAUAUUCCAAAAGACUACAGGAUUACAUUACGUUAUAUACCUAAAGAAGUGAGUGGUAUGUGCUGGGUGAAGCUAAAUGUAUUUCACUUGGAGGUGAGCUUAAAAGGCCUGGCGCAGAAGUUUGGGAACAUAUCCUCCAAUAAAGAUAAUAUAGGCACUUUGGUCCAAAUACUGCAAGAGAUGCGGUACCACAUCGGAUAUGGCUUGGAGGAUUCAAUGCUAGAAUUCGAUUGUCACUACGGAAAUGAGAUGUGGCUUACGGCCAAGUAUUUUGAAUUUGUGGAGGACUUUUUCAACACUGCCAAUUUGUCAAGAGAUGUCGAGGACUGCGAGCCCCCACCAUGUCCCACAUCCACAAAAACAACAGUAACGACAACUACGACGUCGUCGACAUUGUCAGCGCAACAUAGUACAAAUGAGAAACAUAACAGUUUGCCUGAUGACCCCAAAAAAGGGGCAUUCCUUCCGAAAGUUGUGCAGAACAGUCUUAUGUCGCUCCUCGCCAUCCCGUUCAUCGCCGUGGUGGUGUUUCUGAUGGUCUGGAAGAUUAAAUCUAGAAGAAACGCCCCGCAAACUGAACGGAGUCCGGAAGAAGGUCCCGCCCUUUUCUCAGGAGAGGAAGCCAAUAUACCCCCAUUAGAUGUGGAGAUAUCUGAAAAAAACAGAUUAAAUAUUAUCAUGGCAGUUUAAAUCCAGCCCCAGCUUAACCAACUCAGUCAGUCCUUCAGACGGCACAACGGACAGGAACACACAAGCACCACCUCCGAAAGAUUCUCUUACUGAACUUCUAAUUGUGAAGGACGCACACUGGCCUGAAAGGCAACAAACUGCUCUUUGAGAACUGAUGCCCUCUCUUAUCAACCACUGCUGAGCCCUUUGGGGUAGAUAAGGUUGCUCCUUCUGAGAACUUCUCUGAGUCACUCUUCAUGCUCUUCAAAGCUUCCUUCUCCUCUUGGAGACUGCAAAGAGACUGUGCAGGGGGAAUUUGACGGAAAACAGAAUGAAAGCAACACAGCAUUGGAUUCAAGUGGAGAUGUCAAAUAGCUAAACGCAUUUUUUCAAGCACAGGAGCCGCAGUUCAGAAGGAGGGCAGCCAUAUUGUUGCUUGAGAGCAGAUGGCCAUCUAAAAGGAGUUUAAGCAGAAUGACUACCUCCAGCUGCACUGGUCCAUCUCCUUCUUUAUUUCUUUGUCCUUGUUCUUUCUCUUUCUUUUGGUCUGGGUGUCUAGAUAGACGCCUUUUCAGUUUUUUGAGUGCUUGAAUCAGUAAAGUCAUUCUCAGAUUGUAUCAUCGGAUUUGUGAAUUGUUUUUGUUGUCACUAUAGACUGGUGGUGUGGACUUAAUUUAUUUAUUACUGAAUAUGACAUGACACCUGCAUGGCAACAAAUAUCGAUAGAGACGAAGAAUACAAGAUCGUCUCAACCUUAAAACAUAUCCCGCAAUCCUUAAACGCUUUUGUAUUUUGAAAAAUAAACCAUACAUUCAUACUAGCCGCAACCUUGUAAGAACCAGUAUAGCUUCUCAGCUGCUAAAUGCAUUCAUGUGAAUCUGUUUUAAAAGCUGUUAAUCAAAUAUUAAAGUCUAUUCAGUACACCCGCGAUUAUGUAGUUAGUUUCACAUUGUGGCUUUUUCUAAAGUCUGUUUCAGUGUUUUUUAAAGUCCCUUAGUCAAAGAAAAUUUCUGGUGGCUGCUAAUUUUAUAGACGACUCUGCUUUUGUCAAUGGUCAUGAGUUUUACAGUUUGUAGAUUUUAAUUAAGAAUUAAAAUCUGAUUUUCCUGCCAUACUAGAGUGCGAUGCAUCUGUCAGACUUAAAAUAUGGGUCAAAGUGAGCUCCGCUAGUAUUACAUCAAACAAAACGGUACACCUCUCACUACGAAAAGUGACUUGUUUGAAUACAGAAACUCAGUGGUCCUUUGACGCCGUCUGAAUAUCUCGCUAGCAGUACAAAGUAACCGUAAUAUAAAACCUACACAUAUGCUUCUACUCAUAUUUUUGUGCCUUUUCAUAGCAUGGCUCUCCCUGUAAAGAUUCUUUUUUGGAUAACCAGCCAUAUAUUUAUUACAGAAAAACAAAAUAAUAUAAUAAUGAUAUUGCACUAGUUAUAUUCAAGAAAAUUACUCUAGGACAUUUCAGUUGACUUUCCAAGAGAAACAAAACACGGUUCCGGUCUCCUGCUGAGUAUGAAUCAAUUUAUGCAUGUUCACAUCUGACGUCUUACAUGGUUUGCGCUUAAUCUGUACAUACUGAUUUAUGAUAGCAGUGACUCAUAUAGACAAGUGCUAAUGAUUUUAAGACGAGACUCAAUGGCAAGACUCAGUUAGAUUUGAUUUGUACCCUGCUUUCUCCAAAUGGUUGUAAUGAUCUCUAUUCUGUUUUGUAGGAAAUAACCUGUUGUCUGCCAAGUCUUCGUUUUCUUAGUUAAAGCACAUAAAUUUUUUAAGAUACAGUAUGUAAUGUGAAGGUGAUAUUUGGUGUGUACUGUCUUGUACUGGCUAAAGGAAACUCCACCCCAAAAUGAAAAUUUUGGCAUCAGUCACACCCCCAUGUCGUUCCAAACCCGUAAAAGCUUUGUUCAUCUUCAGAACACAAUUGAAGAUAUUUUGGAUGAAAACCGGGAAGCUUGUGACUGUUCCAUUAACUGCAGGUAAAAUUCACUGUCAAGGUCCAGAAAAGCAUGAAAGACAUCGUCAGAAUAGUCCAUCUGACACAGAAGAGACAAAUUGUUGAAUAAAGUCAUUAUUUUUGUUUCCUUCACAUAAAAAAAGCAUUCUCGUGGCUUCAUAAAGUUACGGUUGAACAACUGAUGGCAGAUGGACUAUUCUGUAAUUUAUCUUCUGCCUUCUGGUUUUCAUCCCAAAUAUCUUACACUGUGUUCCAAAGUAGAAGAAAGCUUUUAAGAGUUUAGAACAACAUGGGGGUAAGUGCUUGACAAAAUUUUCAUUUUGGGGUGGAGUAUCCCUUUAAGGUGGAUGUUUACAAAAACUCGUAUUAACAUUGGCCGCAAUGGAAAAUGCUCUCAUUAUAGUGUUCCAACUAUUUUCUUGCAGUUAAUCCGACAAUCAUUCUGAAGCUCUUGGUGGGGCAUAUCAGUGUAAGUAUUUGCUUUUUCCAUCACAGAUUUCCUGUAAUCCACUCCAGACCAUUUCAGUUUAGUUCAGGGCAGCGCUGGUAAUGUAACAACAUGAGGUCACAGAUGAUAAACAUGCUAAAUUAAUUUGUACACUCGAAUUGAUUCAGGAACCUCCGUGAACUGACGAAGUUUUAGCUUGUCUAGAGGGUGAUGAAGCUUCCUUUGGUGUGUUUGUUGGUGCUCUGAUAAGGUUCCAUGUAGAGAGUCAAUAAGUAAUUUGUGACAGAUAAGCUGCACCAUAGAAAUCUAAAUAAGUGGAACAUUCCUAAAUGUUGUAUGAGUUUUGUGUGUGAAACUGAAAAAGUGAGCUAGACACCCCCCCCCCCCCAAACCACAGACCACAUGCCAGACAGUGAAAUUCCCACCAAUGCCCUGAGACUACUGGGAAGGCACUGUUGCUCCAAUUUGCGAUGCUGAGAUGAGAGGGACUUACAAGGGAACCAUACCAGGAUUUUUCAGAUUUGGCAACUCCCAACUGCCGCCAUUGGAUCCUGCAUCAUGUUUGUAAUGCAGACUGCAGAACAUAGCUAGUCAGGAAGCCAGUCAGGGUGCCAAAAGUAAACAAGGAAUUGUGGCCCAGUCAUUGACUGGGUGACAGUCUACUGUAUUCUGUAUUUUAUAAGAAUAUAUGCAAAUAUAUGUAUGAGAUGUAAAUAAAGUACAUUUAUCACUGA